UUAAAAAUAAGUACAAUGUCAGUUGUUACAACGUUAAUUAAAAUUGCAAUAUUACUAUCGUUAAGUAAUAAUAUUGGAAAAGUGCAAACAUUAAAUAUUUUAGGUGUUUUUCCUGCUUCAAUUAAAAGUCAUUUCUUUGUUUUUGAACCAUUUCUAAAAGAGUUAGUAAACCGCGGCCAUAACCUGACUGUCAUAUCUUAUUAUCCUCAAAAGGAACCGUUGAAGAAUUAUAACGACAUAGAUUUGUCACAAAAUGCACAGGCCCUAGAAUUGAGCCAUCCUAUUACAGAUUCUCUGUUUAUGACUGUGAUGUCUAUGACAGUUGGUCACAUAGUUGUUGCACCUCUUUCUUGUAGAAUUAUGUUAGAUGAUGAAAAUGUGCAAAAUUUGUGGGAAAGUGAAACGAGAUUUGAUUUAGUGAUUGUCGAACAAUUUAACAGUGAUUGUGCUUUAGCAUUAGCGCAUAGAUUAAAGGCACCAGUAAUUGGUAUUAGCUCUCAUAUGAUUUUACCAUGGCACUACGACAGAUAUGGUAUUAUAUACAAUCCUUCAUUUUCUUUAUUCGAUUUCAUGGAGGGUGGAACUAAGCCCACAUUUUUACAACGGCUAAAAAGAAGUUUUUUAUACCACUAUGUCAAUAUUGUUAAUAGAUACAUUACACAAAGGUUGGAGUAUAGCAUUGUACAGGAAUAUUUUGGAAAUUUACCUCCACUACACGAAUUAGGAUCGGACAUUAAGUUAAUAUUAGUGUAUCAGAACUUUAUUUUCACCGGAUCCUCGAUAUUACCCCCAAAUAUUAUAGAAGUCGGGGGCUAUCAUGUUAAGAAGCCCGAAGAACUUUCUGGCGAAUUAUUAAAAUUUAUCGAAGAUUCCGAACAUGGAGUAAUUUAUAUAAGUUUUGGCACAAUACUAAAACCAUCGUCAAUAAAACCAGAAAAAUUAAAAAGUAUUAUAGAGGCACUAGAGGAAUUACCACAACGAGUUGUCUGGAAAUGGAAUAAAAGGACUUUACCAGGAAAUCCAAAGAACAUCUAUUUAUCAAAAUGGUUGCCACAAAACGACAUUUUAGCUCAUCCAAAAACUGUUGCAUUCUUUUCACACUGUGGACUCUUGGGGACUACGGAAGCUAUUUCUCACGGAGUCCCCAUAAUCGGUUUACCAAUUUUUGGUGAUCAGCCCGCUAACGCCGCAGCUAUUGAAGAAAGUGGACUAGGCGUUAAAAUCACAUUAAAUCUACUGAACAAAGAAAAUCUUCUCAAGAAAUUGAGAACCGUUUUACACCCAGAAUUUCGAGAAAACGUGAAAAGAGUUUCUGCAAUGUGGCAUGAUCGACCGAUACGAGCCAUGGACAGUGCCAUAUUUUGGACAGAAUAUGCAGCUAAAUACCAAAACAUCUCACUCAGACCUCCAACUGUAGAUGUUCCGCUAUAUCAAUAUCUUUGUUUGGAUAUUAUCUUCACAUUUACCUGUUUUUUAAUUUUUUUCAUACUUUUCAUCAAGUUUGUUGUGCUCUUUUUGAUGUUUCCUUUUAGUAACAAAACAUACAAUAAAUUUGUGAUCGAUAUACUUCUGUCGUCACCCCCAUUCAUGGACGACACUUGCUACUUACCACUAGUGUCAAUUAGUAAUGAUAUCAUCAUAGCAAAGUACGCACGUCUGUUGUUAGUAAACAUGAGUUUGUAUAGGUUAUGUCUUUGUUUUCUAUUAAUAUGGCAAAGUGUCAUUGCUCUUAAUAUUUUAGCAAUAUACCCUUACCAUGGGAAGAGCCAUUUCAUUGUGUUCAAAGUUUAUUUACAAGAACUGGCAAGGAGAGGUCACAAUGUUACUGUGAUUUCGCACUUUCCAGAAGUUAAUCCAUCAAAGAACUACCACGACAUCAGUUUAGCUGGAAGUAUGAAAGAAAUGGAAGAUAGAUUACCUUUCCACAGAUCAUAUUUAACUGUUCUUGCCACUGCUCUUUAUCUUACAAAAUUUGGAACCGAUAACUGUAAGGUUAUGUUAGAAAACGAAAGGGUUCGUAAUCUUAUAAAGGAUAAACCUAAGUUUGAUGUAAUUGUGUUAGAACAAUUUAACAGUGAUUGUGCUCUGGGUAUAGCAUACAAAUUGGGUGCACCAGUUGUUGGCACUACAUCCCAUGUUUUAAUGCCGUGGCAUUAUAAUAGAUUAGGUAUUCCGAACAAUCCCUCUUAUGUCUCCUUCCAUUUUUUGGAAGGUGGCACUAAGCCAACACUGUUCCAAAGAAUAGAAAGAUUUAUUUUUAAUUUAUACUUUAACACUGUAUACUAUUAUACAUCACAAAGAGUAGAUCAACAAACACUUGCUAAUUAUUAUGAUGAUAUACCCCCACUGGAAGAUUUGGGUCGUCAAAUGAAGUUUUUAAUGCUAUAUCAUAACUUUAUCCUAACUGGAUCAAGACUGUUUCCAGCUAAUGUUAUUGAAAUAGGUGGUUACCAUGUCAAAGAAGCAAAACCCUUGACUGGGGAUUUAUUAAAGUUUGUAGAAGAAGCAGAACAUGGUGUGAUAUAUGUUAGUUUUGGAUCAGUUGUAAAAAGUUCAACAAUGCCUGCCGACAAAUUGAAUGCUGUAUUAGAAGCUAUGACAGAACUGCCCCAAAGAUUCAUCUGGAAAUGGGAGACAGAUGUAGUACUUCUAGACAAAAAGAAGCUUUACAUCUCAAGUUGGUUACCACAGGUUGAUAUUUUAGGCAAUCCAAAAACAUUGGCAUUCCUGUCACAUUCUGGUAUGGGUGGGACAACGGAAGCAAUACAUUUUGGAGUGCCAGUGGUAGCAAUGCCCGUCGUUGGUGACCAACCAUCCAAUGCAGCAGCAGUGGAAGAAAGUGGCCUAGGCGUGACGCUUCAGAUACGUGAUCUCACUAAGGAAAAUCUUCUGGCUGCUUUCAGAAAAGUUUUAGAUCCUAAAUUUCGCGAAAACGUCAAAACCAUAUCUAAAGCAUGGCACGAUCGUCCACUGUCCCCUCUAGACACUGCUGUGUAUUGGACAGAGUUUGCUGCGCGGUAUCCAAACCAAACGUUCAGAACCCCUGCGGCUGAUGUUCCGUACUAUCAAUAUUACUCUCUCGAUCUACUUAUUUUUGCUGCUAUUUUAAUAAUCAGUCCGAUAUUGAUAUUGAAAUAUUUCAUAGCGUUAGUAUUUUGUAAAAAAACAAAAACGACCCUACAGUCAAAAGAGAAAAAUGAGAAGAAAAAUAAAAAGAAAUCGAAAAGAGAAUGAUUAAUAAUAACGUAUAAAUCAAAUAUAACUUUAAUGAAG